GAAGAAGAAUGCAAUGAUAAUUAAAAUGUUUAAAAAUCUCCACACACCAAAAACGCCUGGGACAAGUGUCCUUCCUGCAGCUAUUUGAAUGUCUGACGAAGAAAAGGAACCGCCCCAGUAUUAAGAGGCCACAGUAAUUACUCUUACAAACUCUGAAGUGAUAACAGUGCAGGACAGGGAGACAUCAAGGCAUUCAAUACAAAAAACAAAACUAGAUAUAYAAAGCAGAACAUCAGACAUUGCAGUGCAAACCUGCAGUUGUGGAAACCCCACUUCAGCUGCUCCAUAACCCUUCCAAUGCAAAUCCCUUCACCAAACUGAGAAAACCGUAACUGAAUCUUUAUCCAAUUUGCAUGCUUAGACAAAUCAACUGAGCUAUCAAUCCCAGAAAAAAACAUUUAAAAAUAGCAGAAAUAUUAAAUGACAUUAUGAUACUUCUGCCUCUGAGAUAAAUAGGUGAGCAUGUGCCUGUAACAGCUCGUUUGGAUUGGCAGUGCCUGGCAGACCUGAGGCUUUCAGGAUUCCAUAAAAAGCUGAGCAACAAUUGCAAGCACUUAGGUUGCAAUGGUCACAUUUUUAGUUCUCCUUUUUCUAUCMAUUUUUGCAAUUGAAUCCGUAGCAGGACUUCUAGGAAAUGGAAUUAUCUUGGCUGYCAGUUCAUCUAGCUKCAUUAGAAGCAAAAGAYGGUCUCCAUAUGAUAUGAUCAUGAUCUCUCUGAGUUCAUCUAGAAUCAUUUUGCAAUCCUGGAAUACGCUGGAUUGUUUCAUGACUAUAUUUUUUGAGCCSUCCUAUUACAGGGAAAAUGUGUUCAUAGUUUCCAUGAUAAUUUUUGUGUUUCUGAACAGCUCCGGUCUCUGGUUUGGUGCCUGGCUUAGUGUCUUCUAUUGUAUCAAGGUUGCCAGUUUUACACACUCUUUCUUCAUCUGGCUGAAGCAAAGAAUUGCCAGGCUGGUGCCCUGGAUGGUGCUCACAUCRUGGCUCUACUCCUUUGCAACCGCAWUUCCCUUYGCCUGGGAUGACUACGGUGUGCACAUCAACUUCACUGCUCCWCYCUCCAUGGCAAACUCUUCAGCMAURAGAACCACMAGGAAAGACAGUUUGRGUUUAUUCAUUCUUCUCUGUAAUGCAGCURUAAGUUUGCCUUUAAUWCUGUCURUUGUUUCRAGUGUCCUGCUGAUUCGGUCUCUGUGGGUACACAGCAGACAGAUGCAAAAUAAUGCAAGUGGCUUUGGAGAUCCCAGCUUAGAGGCCCAUGUGAAAGCYAUCAAAUCAGUCUGCUCCUUCCUUAUCUUUUACAUUAURUAUUUUAUUUGUGUGCUUCUCCUCUUAUUCAAUGGUUUUUCACGUUUCAGCACUGAGGAAUCUGUGUGUGCAGCUGUAAUGGGUGCCUGUCCWACRGGACACACAAUGGUCUUAAUUUGGAGCAAUCCAAAAUUUCGAGAGCUGGCAGCUAGGAUUUGGCAGCACAUUACCUGUCCUGUCAGUACUAGAUCCAUGUAAAAGACAAUGUUUUAGCCUGGAAUUUCUAGUUUAGUUCCAAAUCAAUUAAAUUGAAGCUGUCAGAGGUACAAAGUAAUAGACAAUGGAAUGAGUAGAUUAGAGUCCGGAUCUGGAAUCAUGAAGAAGGUGGAAAUUUGCUUUACUUGGA